AGCAGAACCCGUGGAUGUCUUAAAAGUAUUAGAAUUUCCCACUGUCCCAGAAGGAGUAGAGAAAACGUCAGGAUUCUGCACAAACCGAAGAGCAUCACAGCCAGACGCGGCCUACAAAAUCAGCAAGAAUGCCCAGCUCAGUGCCCCGACCAAGCAGCUUUUCCCAGAUGGCGUUUUCCCUGAAGACUUCUCCAUCCUAACCACGAUCAAGCCCAAAGCAGGGAUCCAGUCCUUCCUCCUGUCCAUCUACAAUGAGAAAGGCGUCCAGCAGCUGGGCGUGGAGGUGGGCCGUUCACCUGUCUUCCUGUACGAGGAUCAGGAGGGCAAACCUGCCCCGGAGGAUUACCCUCUGUUCCGCGCUCUCAAUCUGGCCGACGGAAAGUGGCAUCGCGUAGGCAUCAGCGUUGAGAAGAAGACAGUGACUAUUGUUGUCGACUGUAAGAAGAAGCUGACCAAGCCAUUGGGCAGGAGUGACCAUGCCAGUAUCGACACCAAGGGUAUCACCGUUUUUGGCACCAGGAUCCUGGAUGAGGAAUCUUUUGAGGGUGAUAUACAACAACUGCUGAUUGUGGCUGACCCUAAAGCAGCUUACGACUACUGUGAACAUUACAGCCCAGACUGUGACGUCCCUCACAAGGACACACUGCAGGCACAGGAGCCCGGAGAGGAGUACACAACUCCUGUUGAAUAUGGUGAUUUAUAUGAUUAUUACGAGGGAGGCACACCCACAGCGACUGAUGAGUUUUCUGAGCCGCAGAGAGUGAAACGUAGUGUCUCCAUGAAAUCCAAGAGGACAAAAAAGUCCCCUAAAUCUUUUGCCAAACCCUAUAAGUACCUGGAGCCAAAACAGGCUAAAAAGUUAGUGCCUAAGAAGAAGAGAUACGGAUACCUGCCACCAACACCAAGACAAGCCAUUCUAGGGCUGGGUGGAGGUGCUGCUCUUGGUCAGAAAGGUGAGAAAGGAGAGCCUGCAGUGAUUGAACCAGGAAUGCUGAUCGAGGGACCUUCAGGACCACCUGGACCUGCUGGUCUUCCAGGUCCUCCAGGUUUACAAGGCCCCCCUGGUUUGGCUGGAGAUCCUGGUGAUAGGGGUCCUCCAGGCCGUGCUGGUCUUCCUGGAGCUGAUGGUUUGCCAGGACCACCUGGAACUAUGCUCAUGCUGCCGUUUCGUUUUGGUGGUGAUGGAGAAAAGGGCCCAGUGGUUUCAGCUCAGGAGGCUCAGGCUCAGGCUAUUCUCUCUCAGGCCAGGCUCGCCAUGAGAGGUCCACCGGGUCCAAUGGGUCUCACUGGACGAUCUGGACCAGUGGGUCUUCCAGGUCCUCCUGGACUGAAGGGAGAAAGUGGGGAUCAUGGUCCUCAGGGUCCAAGGGGAAUCCAAGGCCCACCAGGGCAAAUAGGAAAACCUGGAAAGAGGGGUCGUGCUGGAGCUGAUGGUGCCCGAGGAAUGCCUGGAGAGUCUGGAUCUAAGGGUGACAGAGGUUUCGAUGGGCUUCCGGGUCUGCCUGGUGAGAAAGGACACAGGGGUGAGACCGGCCCUGCUGGACCCCCGGGACCAACUGGAGAGGAUGGACCAAGAGGAGAAGAUGGUGAGAUCGGACCAAGAGGACUUGCUGGUGAGAGCGGGCCGCGAGGUCUUCUCGGCCCAAGAGGCCCUCCUGGACCUCCUGGACAACCUGGCAUUGCUGGUGUUGAUGGUCCGCAGGGUCCCAAAGGAAACAUGGGGCCUCAGGGAGAGCCAGGUCCUCCUGGACAGCAGGGAAUCCCAGGAGGACAGGGUCUUCCAGGUCCACAGGGACCCAUCGGACCACCCGGAGAAAAAGGCCCUCAGGGAAGGUCUGGUUUGCCUGGAUUGCCUGGUGCAGAUGGGCCUCCUGGACAUCCUGGUAAAGAGGGUCCACCUGGAGAGAAAGGAGCUUUGGGCCAGCCUGGUCCCCAGGGCCCCAUCGGCUAUCCUGGCCCUCGCGGUGUGAAGGGUGCAGAUGGUGUCCGUGGUCUAAAGGGAGGCAAAGGAGAGAAGGGUGAGGAUGGAUUCCCAGGUUUCAAGGGAGACAUGGGUCUCAAAGGCGACAGGGGAGAGCUGGGACUGGCUGGACCCAGAGGAGAAGAUGGUCCAGAGGGCCCGAAGGGUCGUGCAGGGCCUAACGGUGAAUCUGGACCCCAGGGAUCUGCCGGAGAAAAGGGCAAACUAGGUGUUCCAGGAUUGCCCGGCUAUCCAGGACGUCAAGGGCCAAAGGGUUCGACCGGUUUCCCCGGAUUCCCAGGAGCCAAUGGAGAGAAAGGAGGCAGGGGGGUGGCUGGGAAAGCUGGUCCAAGAGGCCAAAGAGGUCCAACGGGCCCCCGUGGUGCACGAGGUGCAAGAGGCCCAACUGGAAAGCCAGGCCCGAAGGGAACAGCAGGCAACGACGGUCCACCUGGCCCACCCGGUGAGAGAGGCCCUCAAGGACCCCAGGGUCCUGUUGGUUUCCCAGGACCAAAGGGUCCCCCUGGACCACCUGGAAAGGAUGGGCUGCCCGGUCACCCUGGCCAGCGGGGAGAGACUGGAUUCCAAGGCAAAACUGGCCCACCAGGACCUGGAGGAGUUGUUGGACCACAGGGACCGACUGGAGAAACCGGUCCAAUUGGUGAAAGAGGACAUCCUGGACCCCCUGGUCCCCCCGGAGAGCAGGGUCUUCCUGGCGCUGGUGGAAAAGAAGGGGCAAAGGGAGAUCCAGGUCCUCAGGGCAGUCCAGGAAAAGACGGUCCACCAGGACUCAGAGGGUUCCCUGGAGAAAGAGGUCUUCCAGGAGUGACGGGUCCACCUGGUUUGAAAGGCGCCGAGGGCCCUCAGGGCCCUCCUGGCCCUGUUGGUUCCCCUGGUGAGAGAGGAGCAGCAGGAUCUGCUGGUCCCAUUGGCCUGCCUGGACGUACUGGACCUCAGGGACCCCCAGGACCUGCUGGAGAGAAGGGUGCACCGGGAGAGAGAGGUCCUCUGGGUCCAGCCGGUAGGGAUGGAGUUCAAGGUCCAGUUGGUCUGCCAGGUCCAGCAGGACCUCAGGGUCCACCUGGAGAAGAUGGUGACAAGGGAGAAGUGGGUGAACCAGGCCAGAAGGGAAGCAAAGCUGACAAAGGAGAACAGGGUCCACCAGGUCCUCCUGGUCUUCAGGGACCCAUUGGAGCUCCUGGACCUGCUGGAGCAGAUGGCGAGCCCGGUCCUCGUGGACAGCAGGGUAUGUUUGGACAGAAGGGAGAUGAAGGAUCCCGGGGCUUCCCUGGACCUCCUGGUCCCAUCGGUCUGCAGGGUCUUCCAGGACCACCUGGCGAGAAAGGUGAAAAUGGAGAUGUUGGUCCUAUGGGUCCUCCUGGUCCACCAGGUCCCAGAGGACCUCAGGGUCCUCCUGGUGCUGAUGGCCCGCAAGGUCCUCCUGGAGGAAUAGGAGGAAUGGGAGCCGUGGGUGAGAAGGGUGAGCAAGGAGAAGCUGGCAACCCUGGACCUCCUGGAGAGCCUGGACCUGGGGGCCCGAAAGGUGAGAGAGGAGAGAAAGGUGAAGCUGGUCCCCCUGGUGCUGCUGGACCUGCAGGUCCCAAAGGACCCCCUGGAGAUGAUGGACCCAAGGGUAACCCUGGCCCUGUUGGUUUUCCUGGAGACCCAGGUCCACCUGGUGAGCCAGGUGUUGCUGGAAUAGAUGGAGGCCCAGGAGAGAAGGGAGAGGAUGGAGAGUCUGGUCAGCCUGGACCCCCUGGUCCUUCUGGAGAAGCUGGUCCACCAGGACCACCUGGAAAACGAGGACCCCCGGGGGCGCAUGGAGCUGAAGGCAGACAAGGAGAGAAGGGCGCCAAGGGAGAAGCAGGACUUGAGGGUCCACCAGGUAAAACUGGACCAGUUGGUCCUCAAGGACCCUCUGGAAAGCCUGGUCCUGAAGGUCUCAGAGGAAUCCCCGGUCCAGUCGGUGAACAAGGACUUCCUGGUGCUCCUGGACAAGAUGGUCCACCUGGACCAAUGGGACCUCCUGGUCUGCCUGGCCUUAAAGGAGACCCUGGCUCUAAGGGUGAGAAGGGUCACCCUGGUCUUAUCGGUCUCAUCGGGCCACCCGGUGAACAGGGAGAGAAGGGAGAUCGGGGUUUGCCUGGACCUCAGGGUGCUGCCGGCAGUAAGGGUGAUAAUGGCAUCAGUGGUGCUUCUGGUCCAAUUGGUCCUCCUGGUCCUCCUGGAUUGCCUGGUCCACAAGGGCCAAAGGGAUCCAAGGGUUCAACUGGUCCUGCUGGUCAAAAAGGAGACACUGGCACGGUUGGACCUCCUGGGCCUCCUGGUCCUCCUGGUGAGGUCAUCCAGCCUCUGCCCAUCCACAGUCCCAAGAAAUCCCGUCGCUCCAUCGACAUGCAGGCGGAUGAAGCAGGCACCAUGCUGGACUAUGGAGAGGGCAUGGAGGACAUAUUCAGCUCUCUCAAUAAUCUCAAACAGGACAUCGAGCGCAUGAAGUACCCCAUGGGCACGCAAAACAACCCAGCACGAAGCUGUAAAGACCUUCAGCUCGCUCACCCUGAAUUCCCAGAUGGCGAAUAUUACAUUGAUCCUAACCAGGGCUGCUCUGGAGACUCCUUCAAAGUGUACUGCAACUUCACAGCAGGAGGAGAGACCUGCAUCUUCCCUGAUAAAAAGUCAAAUGGAGUGAGAAUAUCUUCAUGGCCCAAAGAGGUGCCCGGCUCCUGGUUCAGUGAAUUUAAGCGUGGCAAAAUACUUUCAUACGUGGACGCAGAAGGCAACUCGAUAAACAUGGUCCAGAUGACGUUCCUCAAACUACUGACAGCCUCCGCCAGGCAAAACCUGACCUACAGCUGCCACCAGUCAGUGGCCUGGCACGACGCCACUACGGACAGCUAUGACAGAGCAUUACACUUCCUCGGCUCCAACGACGAGGAGAUCUCAUACGACAACAACCCCUACAUCAAGGCCCUGUCAGACGGCUGUGCGGUGAGGAAGGGCUAUGGAAAGACAGUACUGGAGAUUAACACUCCCAAAAUUGAUCAGGUUCCAAUCGUCGACGUGAAGUUCACUGACUUUGGGGAUCCCAACCAGAAAUUUGGAUUUGAAGUUGGUCCAGUCUGCUUCCUUGGCUAAACAAAACACAGACAAAGAAAAAAUACCAAUAACUUGGCUGGGUAGGACGGGUUGUGCGCACGAGGCAAGACUUUCUUGAUCUCAUCAAACCAUCGAGGCCCUGUUCCUGCCACAUGCAAGUUUUGAAUAUUAAAAAAAUGGGGUAGCGAACACGUCUUACCAUGUAUGUAUGUAUUACCCAGGAAAAUACUUGUUGCCCUUGUGGGGCAAGGAUCACAUGACAUGAAACCUGUUAUGGAACGAAAAGGUGAAGGACAACGUCAAGCCAAGGCAAGCGGUUGGAGAGUCGAUGAAAGGGAGGACCUCUCAACGGUGCAGUGCAAAUCAAAAAAAAAAAAAAA